GCGGCCCUCCCUCCACCAAUCAGCGAGGGCUCCUACCCGCGUUAAGAUGGCGGCUGUGAGGAUCAGGGAGCUGCUGAUCUCCAAUGUAACCAGAUGGUUUUCUCCACAACGCAAUGCCUGCUUCAGAACUGCUGACAGAGACAUUUAUUUAAGAAAGUAUACCAAGUCAUGCCGUGCUCUCGGACACGUGGAGUGUUGUCACUAUACCUGCCGUGCAAACACCAAGCGCAAGUAUGUACCUCGGAGAGCUGUGCUGUAUGUACCUGGGAAUGAUGAAAGGAAACUCCACAAGAUAACCAGUCUCGAUGUAGAUUGUGUUGUCCUUGACUGUGAAGAUGGUGUUGCAUUAAACAAGAAGGAAGAAGCUCGGCUCACAAUCACAGAGAUGCUCAGUCGACCCCACAUAGGCCGCACAGAUCUGUGUGUGCGAAUCAACUCUGUCUCUAGUGGCCUGGCUGAGCUGGACAUGGAAGUUAUCUUACAAUCUAAAGAACUUCCUCCAACCUUGAUGCUGCCUAAAGUGGAAACUGUCGAAGAAAUCAAAUGGUUUGCAGACAGAUUUGCAAAAUACUCAAAGGGUCGGACAUUCAAGGAACCAAUGAAUUUAAUAACUUUUGUCGAGACUGCAGUCGGAUUGCUGAAUUUCAAGGAAAUGUGGUUUUUCUUGAAGGCUGGAUGUGAAGAAGCACAGCAUCUUGGUAGCCGUGCGGGCUUCCAACUCGAUGGAGUGGUAUUUGGGUCAGAUGAUUUCUGUGCCAGCAUAGGUGCCACCAGAACUAAAGAUGCUCAGGAACUUGUUUACGCAAGGCAGAAGGUUGUUGUGACGGCAAAAGCAUUUGGUCUCCAAGCCAUAGAUCUUGUCUAUAUUGACUACAAAGAUGAUGACGGCCUUUGCAGGCAAUCAAGAGAGGGUGCUUUGAUGGGCUUCACUGGUAAACAAGUGAUUCACCCUAGGCAGAUUCCAGUUGUACAAGAAGCAUUUUCGCCAAGUCCUGAGAGGGUAAAAUGGGCUCGAGAACUGAUUGAAGCUUUUGGAGAAUAUCAAAAACUGGGAAAGGGAGCCUUCACUUUUCAUGGAAGCAUGAUCGACAUGCCAUCUUUGAAGCAGGCACAGAACAUCAUUACAUUGACUUCAACCAUCAAAGAAACAUAAAACCUCAAGAGGAGAUAAAUUUUGCCGUAGAUCGCUUAGCAAAUGCAGUGGACAGCAGUAAACAGACUCAAAGACUAGUUGGUUGUGGAGAUCACUGCAGAGAGGGCAGUGAUGUUUAAUAAUAUGAUGCCCUAUGAUUCAUAUGUUGCUAAUUUGAAAGAAAACAUUUUUUUGGAUGCUGUGGUCGUGUGAAAUUGUCUUAACCAAAUUCUCUUCCUGAGUACAGCAAUUGUACAUAGCUAGCCCCCAGAGACUUCAUACUGUAUUGUUAGGGGCACUGGUGGACACAGACUUACAGUAUUUUUUUUUCUGUUGUGAUGAUUCGAAACACAGUGCAGCCGAACUUGUUUGGGAGAGCCCCUGUCAGUUUUUGUAUCACAUGAAAAUAACCCUGCUGCAGGUCAGAUGUGUUGGUUCAUUAACAGGCUGGGGUACAACCCUGUUUAGCCAGAGAUUUGCCCAGUUGAGGCAAAGUAAAUAAGCACAACAAUCACCCAUUGAUCACUCAGAGUUCACCCAAUUGCACAAUGCAGCAGAGCUUCUGCACUGAAAGGUUAAGACCUGCAAAGGGCCAAAUUUUGUUGGCAGCAGAACCCAAAUCAAAUUUGCAUUCCUGAGAAAGUUUCCUCUUUGAACUGAGAGGUUUUCACAUCUUAAAAGUAAAAAAUAUCUUUAGCCUGCCUCACGGCCCAUAAAUCAGAUGAUCUAGUUCCUCCAGAGACUACAGGAUCUUCUUUAAUAUCUUCCUCUAUCUUUUUACAAUAACAAUACUAAUUAUUAGAGAUGUAGAUUUUUAUUUUGUAGAGUGUCAAAUUUAACAAUUCCUUUAAAAAGCUCUAAAAUUGUUUGCUAUCCUAUGGUUAAUUUCAUUUUGAGUUUUUAAAAAGGGCAAUGAUUAAAAUAUGUUUGACACAGUGAUAACUUUUCUGGUCUACUGCUGCCAGCGGUUUAUUGUUGUCUCUUUUUAAAGCAUGACUCUUCCAUGGCAUCGGCAUUGCUUCAAACAUUAAUACUGGUAAUUCUUUUUAACUGUACGGUGACACAAGAUGAUCAUCUGAAUAAAAUUAAUGGUGCUUUCAAAGUGAAA